AUGUCUCAUUUUCAGAGAAAUUUUCUUUUAGAUCAUAUCAUUAGAUUUUAUGAGAGGAGGGGCUAUCGGCAGAAGUAUUACUUGAAGAACCAGAUUAGAGCACCAUACGUUGGCUGGGCUUUUUUGGAUGUUAUCACCAUUCCCGGUACAGAACGAUGCAUUUACAUGUAUCAGUGUAAAAUGAGUCCUGAAGAACAACACGGAGCGCCUUCUUGGACUGCUUUGAACAUUAUUGAUGAACUAGACAGCUUAAGGUUUGCUAUUUUUUCGAUCAGAUUUAAUCAAGAAAGCAGUGAAUUAAUUGCUGGGUCUUCAAGUGGUCAUAUAUACAUCUAUGACCUAAAGCGAGGGCAACGUAUCUUGGAUUUUAUUCCUCAUGAAGAUGACGUAAAUGCCGUUUGUUUUGGAGCUUCAAAUAAAAAUUUGUUUUUUAGUGCCGGCGAUGAUGCAAUAUGUAAGGUUUGGGAUCGUCGCUUGCUAAAUGACAGUGAUCACCCAGUUGGAUCUUUCGCAGGACAUCGAGCUGGCAUUACUUUCAUUGAUUCCAAGGCUGAUGAUCGCUACAUCCUAACAAAUUCUAAAGACCAAACCAUCAAACUUUGGGAUAUCAGAUGCUUUUCUUCUGCUGAUACUGCUGAAAACCUAGCGAGGCAAUCUUUUUCAUGUUGGGAUUAUCGAGUUGCUUCGGUACCAGAAGAGUUAUUUAACAGUGAACCUUUAGAAGGUGAUGGGUCUGUAUAUACUUUUCGUGGUGGUCAUUCUGUGCUUCACACACUUGUUCGAGCUCGUUUUUCGCCAGUAUGUACUGGUCAGAGAUACGUAUAUGUUGGUUCUGCUGAUGGCAAUUGCACUGGUUGGCAAUUAUUUAUUAAUUUUUGAUA